AUGAAGUUUCCAACUGCCUUGACGCUAGCGUUAGUCGCAACAUGCGAUGCUCUCAAAGUGACCAUCCUCGCAGAUACCAACCGCGACGGAAAAGUCGACAAGAAAGACCUCGAUGGGAAAUCUUCAUGGACCGCUACUCGAGGCGCCUUGAUCUUGCCGAACAUUGGCGACACUGGCCUUCGUUGUGCUAAGAAAUGGGGACCCAGCGUCGACAUCAUCCCAAGUAAUGAGACUUAUUUGGACUUGUGUAACGAUGCCACAGAUGACAUCCAACGCAACCCAAGAUAUCUUGCGCCGCUCAAAACCCUUCCUAUAUCCGGAUUGAGUCCUUCUGCCAACGGAUCUAUUCAAGUUACCGAUAAAGCAGCCGCUGCAAAAGUCCGUGUCUUCACAAAGAAGAGCAACAAGUGGACCUACGUAUCAGGCGAUUAUGUGUUCUCGGCCAAGGAGCUUUCAUCAGGCCUCGAACUGGGCAUUGAUGCACGCGAUGUCCGACGCCCCAAGGGCUGGGAUGGCAAUGCAAAGAUACAGUUCACAGUCACUGAUGGCAAGAUAAAAGCAACCGACAUUGUCGCUGUGCGAGUUGCCCCUGCCUUGACGCAUCACCACGGGCAGGUGGCUCAGCGCAUCUUCUCUACGGGUGUGAACGAGCCUGGCUCCAAUCCUCAGCAGGAGCAGUUUGUAAAUGAUAUCAAGCGCAACGUCGCCAGUUCCGGUAUCAAAGACCCCAUCUUCUUUUUCGACAACCAAGAUAUUUGGACACAAGACUUUUUUGAACCCGGCUACUGCAGCAUGCCUGGCCCCAAUGGCCCGGUUACUAUCCGAAUUAUGAUCAGAUCAGUCCAGAGCUCUCGUCGAUCUGGUCGCGACGCGUUCCAUGAGCUCCGAAACGACAAGGUUGGCGCAGUACAACAUCCAGGUGACGGCGAUACUAUCGACUCCACUGGAAACCUGGAAACUAUUCCACCCUACAAGUACAAUGAGAAGUAA